AUAAUAUAAAAAGCCACAGAAGCUCUCCAACCAAUAGAAGCCCCUUGGGACAGCAGAGCUCACAAGCCUCUGGGACAAGAGCCAGAAAGAAACCAGACCGAAGGCACCUUGCAUCAACAUGACUUCCAAGCUGGCUGUUGCUCUCUUGGCAGUUUUCCUGCUUUCUGCAGUUCUGUGUGAAGCUGCAGUUCUGUCAAGAGUGAGUUCAGAACUCCGAUGCCAGUGCAUUAAAACCCACUCCACGCCUUUUCAUCCCAAAUAUAUCAAAGAACUGAGAGUGAUUGACAGUGGCCCACAUUGUGAAAACUCAGAAAUCAUUGUAAAGCUUGUCAAUGGAAAAGAGGUGUGCCUGGACCCCAAGGAAAGCUGGGUACAGAGAAUUGUGCAGAUAUUUUUGAAGAGGGCUGAGAAACAGGAAUCGUGAAACAAACAAGCAUUCUCUGUGGUUUCCAAGAAUUCCUCAGUAAAGAUGUCAAUGAGACUUCAUAUAAAUCUACUUCAGCACUCAUGUUCCAUGUGGGUCUGGUGUAAGGUUGUCAGAUAAAAUACAGUAUGUCCAGUUAGAUUUGAAUAUUAAGUAAAACAAUGAAUAGGUUUUUUUUUUUUGAUGUCUCAUAUAUGUUGUCUUAUGCAAUAUCUAGGCAUACUUAUGUUAAAAAUAUUAUUCAUUGUUUACUGUAAAUUCAAAUUUAGCUGGAAAUCCUGGAAAUAUUUUGUUGUUGCUACAACUUUCCACCCCAGCCUGCUGGUCAGGAUACACCAGUCCCUGUUAAACUUUGCCUUGGUUUCUUCUUUAUUCCUCAACUGGAGAAAAAGUGUCAGCCACCAUCCUAACUCACAGAAGUGUGAGGACAUGUGGAAGCACUUUAACUUUUUCUCAUGUUGUCUGAAUUAUGUUCAAGUGAAACUUGUUUGCUUAUUUAUUAUUUAUAUAUUUAUUUAAGAAAUAAAUAUAAGAAUAUGUGUGCAUAAAUUUGGAAAAAUGGGAAAGGAAGCAUUGUUGAUACUAGUAGAAUGAUGGUAGUGAAUUUAUAUUUAUUUUAAUACUAAAUGAUAUUUUAUUAGAGAACUAUUCUGAACAAGGUUGCCAGAUUCAGCAAAAUUAAAAACAAACAAGACACCCGAUUUGUUUUGAAUUCAGAAAAUAAUUUUUUAGUAUUUCAUUAUUUCUCUGAAAUUUUCAUUGAACUAGCAAUCCUACUUUUGAUAUUCCCAGUCUUAUCUUGUCAUGGGCAGCCUUGUUAUAAUGUGCUGUGUUGAAUCAUCAGAACUCUGAGUUAGAAUUGUUUCUCAAAACAGCAAAAAUUCAACAGGCAAUAUUAACAAAGUAAUUUCUUACUAGAUAAAACCUAUUUAUUAUUUAUAAAUGAAUUCUAAAUAAUUUUACUUAAAUUAUUGUGUUUUUAAACACUGACUUUAUUUUUCUACUUUAAAAUGCGUUCCCAAAGAGAUUUUUUCCUACUAUUUUUGAUAUAUGGAAAUAUAAAUGUAAUCAUAAAAUAUUUAAAAUAAAACUUAUUGUC